UAUGGAGGGGAGGGAAGCCAGUGUGCUACCUGGACUUUGUAGAAGGGAGACUUUAUAUCCCAGACAUCUGUUGACUCUCCUGGUGCCUGUCGUUCAGCACAGCCAGCCAACAUGGGGGACACGACGACUGAAAACAGCCCAGCCAGCGCCCCGCAUAUGCCCACUGAUGCACAAAGCGAUGCCCGCUCCUUCCUGACGGAGGAGAUGAUUGCAGAGUUCAAAGCUGCCUUCGACAUGUUUGACACAGACGGUGGCGGUGACAUCAGCACCAAAGAGUUGGGCACCGUGAUGAGAAUGCUGGGUCAGAACCCAUCCAGAGAGGAGUUGGACGCCAUCAUUGAGGAGGUGGAUGAGGAUGGCAGCGGUACCAUCGACUUCGAGGAGUUCUUGGUCAUGAUGGUGCAACAGUUAAAGGAGGACCAGGCCGGGAAGAGUGAAGAAGAGCUUUCAGAGUGUUUCCGCAUUUUUGACAAGAAUGGAGAUGGUUUCAUUGACCGGGAGGAGUUUGGAGAUAUUCUUCAUCUUACUGGAGAAGCAGUUACAGAGGAAGAUAUCGAUGAGAUGUUCGGAGAAUCGGACACGAACAAAGAUGGAAAGAUUGAUUUUGAUGAGUUUCUGAAGAUGAUGGAGAACGUCCAAUAAUGACACCACCUCUACAUUCCCUCAUGACCCCUUUAUCAGAGAGAAUCCAACCCAAAAAGCUGUUAAACCCCAUCCAAAUAACCUGUGAUUUAGCUUCUGAGACGUCAAAAAGGACACAAGUAUAGAAAUAGUUUCACCCCCCACCUUGGCCCCCUUCUCAUAUGAAACCUCGGAGCCUGGCGGGGAUGUCUAUAAAUAUCUGUUCAAACCUUUUAAGACGAAGGCGCUUUUCCCCGACCGCCUCCUUUAGCAAAGCUGCCAGCUGUCUCCUAGGCAGCUGCUGUUUCUUCAGAAAUGCUACACCACCUAGCUCUUACCCACCACCCACUUCUUCCUAGUCUGACCCCUCCUCUUCAGAGCUAAAGCUUUUACACCUUGUUCUGUGCUUUACAAAUAAAUCCACUUUCUCCUUGAUCUUGA